AUGGACACGGAAAGAGAGGCCAGUGGCGAGAGGGAUGCGGCCGAGGGAAACGCAGGUGGACUCAGCCCAGGGGCAGGUCUAAAGAGAGCAUGCGAUCAAUGCCGGCUCCGUAAGAUCCGUUGUGAUAAAGAGUCACCGUGCUCAAAUUGUAGGACAGCAAACCGGUCAUGCAGUUCAUCCGGAGUAGGCCAAAAGCCCAAAGAACAACGACAGCGAGUUCUCAUAUCCGCGCAAUAUGAGCGCAAGAUCGACCACUUCGGCACCCGGCUCACCGGCAUCGAGAAGAUGCUGCGUGAGCUAAUAGUCAUCUCACAAUCCCGAAGCCCAUCAUCCGAGUCCUCUCUCGCCGGCGCCGGCGCCAACAACAACAGCAAUGCUUCUCCCGCCAGCGAACCCCCGGUGGCCAUCAUCAGCGACAUAGUCGGCGAUCCCGACCGGGGUGAGAUGCCCCUUGACGACGAUGACGGCAACGACGACGAGAUGGACUCGGCCUUCGAGGGCAACUCCUCCAUGGCCGCCCAGACCGUCUUCGCCAGCGAGUUCCUCGAAAACGCCGUGACGCAGACGUCGCUCAGCCCCAGCAUGGAGUCGGCGCUGUCGUCCCUCCGGCAGAUUGUGUGCAUGCAGAACCGCAAGCGGACUAACCAGGACUCGAGGUUUCCUAACGCGAAGCCGAUGCCGAGGGGCGGCAUGCGUGAAUUGCCUAUGCCUCCAAGUCCGGUAGUCGUGGGCAUUCUUCGGGAUAUUAAGAAUGAGCUGCCAGAAACCUUCACAUUGAUGUGCACAUUCAUCGCGGUAGACGACUUUAUCGACUGCUGUCGCAGGGUAUACUUCGCUACCGAAGAUUACAGCUUGGCAACCUUCAUCGUCGUUAACGCCGGUCUGUUCUACCUCUUCCAGGAGAAGGCCACGAGGGCGGACGAAUCUCAUCAGGCCGAAAAGCUGCUCGAGUACCGUAACCUCUGCCGAGACAAUCUCGAGACGGCGCUGAUGGCAUUACCUCUGUUCAUGCCGGCAAGAAAGGAGAGUAUCGAAGCAUUGUUGUUAGCUGCUUCCUACGCCGUCGAAGCCUCCCGCUUCACCCUCGCCUGGCAACUCAACUCAUCAGCAGUCAUGAUCUGCCAAACCCUCGGCUACCACCGCCUUCCCGUCAACGCCACCUCGGGCGCCUCCGCCAACGACGACGUCUCCAACGACACCAAGUCCGCGCUCUUCUGGUUUGCCUACAUGCUAGACAAGGGCCUCUCCCUCCGCUUCGGGCGCUCCUCCAUGAUCCAAGACUACGACAUCGCCAUCCCCAAACGCAUGGGCCGGACCAUCAACGUCGCCGACUUCUGGAAGGAGAUGCUCAACCUAUGGAUCGAACACGCUGAGGUCAUGGGGAAAGCCUACGAGCAACUGUACUCCAUCGCGGCCCUGUCCCGACCGCCCGAGCAGCGCAUCGAGAGCGCGCGCCAGCUGGUCGAGGCCAUCAAGGGAAUAGCGAGGGAAAACGACGAGCUGAUCCGCCAUGCGCGCGAGACGGGCAAGCUUGCUGAUUCCGGAAAGAGGGACGGGUUCACGGUGACGCUGAUGCUGCGGUCGGACGAGGCCACAUACUGGGCAUCGCUGUGUCUGAUAUACCGCGCGAUUCCGGCCGCUCCCGGGUUCAGUAGCACCUUCAACCCGGAGUGUAUCGAAGCGGCGCGAAGGGCUGUCGAGGUUCAUUUGGAAUGCAUGCAGAUUCCCGGGUUGAGCCAUUUCACGAAAGUUGGGUAUCUUCACUGGACGAUUCUUUACGCCCCGUUCAUCCCCUUCAUCGUCUUGUUCUGCCAUGUCAUCGAGACAUCCAACAUGCAGGACCUCGACCGCAUGGAUCACUUCGUCGCCUCUCUCUCCACCGUCUGCAGCAUCUCCGAGGCUAUCGACAAGUUCAAUCGCGUCUGUCAGGUCCUCUGCCACGUCGCACGCCUCUACGUCGAGACCAAGGCACAGCAGCAGCAGGACCAGGACAUGAUGCUGGUUGGCCAUGAUUUCGAUAUGUAUCUCAGUCAGCUCGGGUUUAUGCCUCAGCAACUCCUCCAUGAUCAGCAGCAGGGGCAGCAACAGCAUGCAAACUCCAAUUCCAACCCCGCCCAUCAGCAGCGACAACACCAACAUGGCGGCAUGGCGGCACCAGACGCUGCUGCCGCCGUCACACCUGGUGUCUUCAACGCAGAUAUGCCCGCUGGUCUUAUAGAUGCGACACAAACAGCGCAGCUCGGUAACUGGUUCUCCGGCCAUAGACAUAUCAUGAACUUGGUGGAGGAAGACUUGUCGGGAUUCGAGCCGAGGAUCUGGACGACUAUGACCGGGGGUCCUUGA